UACAGUCAUACACGCACUAGUGCGUAAAAUUUACGUUUCUGAAAAAUGAGAAAUCCACUGAUGUACACAAAAUCUUGUUCCCAGCUGGUGGCUAAACUGGAAUUUGACGCAUACGAUGUAGUUGUCAACCUCGGCUUCGCCUCACAUCUUUUGCGCAAAAUUUCCAUUUAGGCACAUCCGGAUACUGUUGCAGAUUUGCAUCCGAAUUUUAUAAAUGACGAAAUUAGCAAAUCGAUCGAUAAGUACAUCUUAACAGCGGAAGGAUCCACAGUCACUAAAAGCUACGAAGAAGCCACCAAUGACACGAUACCUGAAGUUAAAACAGAACACAUAAAGAUUUACCAAAGCAUUUAUGCAUACUAUUCAUGGUUAGGACUGUGGUUUGGUGCUGAGACUCUGUUCUCUUGGAGAAGGUAUCGCAGCCCUUUGUUAUGGAUCAUUAAUUUUCUCUUGGCCCUCUGCAAUUAUUGUAUCUUAUACAAUACUGCUUAUGACUAUUAUCGUAAAGGUGAAUACGACAGAAUUUUGGAACCACUGUCAUGCUUUGGCCUCUGUUUUACGUGUACCAUAAAGUGGGCUGUUUAUCUUAAAUAUAUGAACACGGUGCUUGCACUCAUAUUUGCUGUGAGGAAAAUAUGCGAGGACAUUACAUCUGGACCAAAAGCAGCCACUCUCAAUGCUCGAUUAGAUAAGACUUACAGAUUAAUACGAGUUUACACUGUAGGUCUCUCGGCAGUAAUCGUAUUUUACGUGUCUGUUGCUAUGAAAUUUUUCCUGAUUGAUGGCAUCUACUAUCCCCUCAUGCCAAUCAAUAUUCCUUUGUGCGAUGGAGAGACGCUAAAAGGUUAUUUGUCGAUGCUUGCUAUCCAGUUGGUGUUUGGUGUAUACAGCGCUGUUGCCACUCUGACGUUCGGAACGUCAUUUCUUAUUUUACUCGGUAAUUAUGGUUUGAUGGCUGAUUUGAUUGAGUUAGACUUUACCGAAUUGAAUAAUAUGUGGACUAUUUCAACUGAAAUGUCGUUAGCAUAUAGACAUGCCUUUCUAAAUAACAUCGUAAGGAAACUACAGGAUAUGCAAUUUUACAUGAGUGAAAUUAAGCGUAUUUACGAAUUAAAAUUAUUCGUAUACUUUCUCAUCAGCUAUGUUGGCCAGGUUAUCUGCUUAUACCAAAUAAUACAGAAAAAUUGGCUGCCUGGGUACACUCCCCUUUUUACCGUUUUCAUUGAAAUGUCGUUUUACUGCGGAAUCGGUACACAGAUAACAAUACUGGGCGAGAAAAUGUGCAGCUACAUUCAAGAAACUAAUUGGUACGUGUAUGACCUUUACACUCAAAAAACACUUCGGUUUUUGUUGCAAAUGUGCCAGCGACCUUGCGAAAUAUCACUCCAAUCUCUAGGGCCAUUGAACAUGGUCACUGGAGUCGCGUUUGUUAAGGGUAUCUACUAUUACUAUACUGGUUUGACGAAGAUGAUGUAAGAUGGAGCUUUGGGAUUUAAAUAAUUUAAAUGGAUUUCAGUUUGGAUCUUCGACCUAAAUUUUCACCUAAUUAUAUUUUACUCAA